GUGGAAGGAAGAUCUGACGGCCGGGGGGCUGCCACUGAGUCGUGCGGGGGGAGAAGGUGCGUCGAACGGCUCUCGCCGCUCGAUUCCUGCGUGACUCGUGAGCCUUCUCCACCGACCUGACACCUGACCAGGCAACGCCUCGCCGCCGCCGUCCCCGCCGCAGAAGCGGGGUUGGCACGGCACGAUGAGGAGCAGCGAGGCUAUGGAGCUCCUGGGCUUUCCUCCCUACUCCCACCCGUCCCCUUCCGAGGUAAAGGCUGCGUAUAGAAAAAUGGUGAUGGAGUCCCAUCCUGAUCGUGUCCCGACGCAUCUGAAAUCUCAAGCAGAGGCAAAAUUCAAGGAGGUAGCAGAAGCAUAUUCUUGUUUGAAGGAUGGUUUGUUGUUACUCACUCAGAUAAUCAGUACUUGCUUUGUAAAAUCUGCAAGCGGAAGAAGAUUAGGGAGCAGGAUGGAAGUUCAUGUGAUGCGGUCUGGUGUUCCAACGGGAUACGGAAGAUCAAAUAAAACGUUGAUUAAAGCCCCCUUUCUACUCAUAAUGUUUGCAGCAGUUUCUUUUGGUGCCUUUAGCGCUUCAAGAGCAUAUCAACGGCAAAAGGAAUUAUGUUCAUCUCAGAACCCCUUUCUACCAUAGAAGACGACCUUUGUACUCAGUACAUAUUCGUAAGUUAGAAGAGUUUCAGUGUUACAUUGUACAGAUGUAAAACAAUCACGCGCUAAAUAAAAGCAAUCACUUGUA